AUGGCCGAUUCCGACCUCGAAGAACUCCGCCGUGCCCGACUCCAACAACUCCAACAACAACGCGGCACCGCCUCCGGCGACGCCAAGCAAGACGAACAAGAAGCACAACGCCAACGCGAAGCCUCCCAACGCGCCUCCCUCCUCACCCAAAUCCUCACCCCCGAAGCCGCUGACCGCCUCGGCCGCAUCCGCCUUGUCAAGGAAUCCCGCGCCACGGAUAUCGAGAACCGACUGAUUAUGUUGGCACGGACGGGCCAGCUUAGAGCAAAAGUGACGGAAGAGCAGUUGAAGGAGUUGCUGGGGGCGGUGAGCGAGGCGGAGGAGGAGAGGGGCGGGCAGACGGGGAAGAUUGUGGUGAAUCGACGGGGCGGGUGGGACGAUGAUGAUGAUUUGGAUGACCUGUUGAAGGAUGUUUAG